AUGAAAGAUAAAAUAAUAGUAAUCGCAGGAACUACAGGUGUGGGCAAAUCUCAGCUUUCCAUAGAGUUAGCGAAAAGGUACAAUGGAGAAAUCAUUAAUUCUGAUUCAAUGCAGGUAUAUAAGGAUAUCCCGAUUAUAUCUAACAAACAUCCUUUGGAAGAAAGGGAAGGUAUACCGCAUCAUGUAAUGAAUUUUGUUGAUUGGAAUGACGAAUACUAUAUGCAUAGGUUUGAAAAUGAUUGUAUCAAUGCCAUCGAUGACAUUUUGAAAAGAGGAAAGCUACCAAUCGUAGUAGGCGGCACACAUUACUAUUUACAAUGCCUUUUCAAUAAAAGAAUCAAUGAACAAAUGGAUGUUACUGAGUCUAUCACUGAAGAACAAUCUCAAAUCUUAAAUUCAAACGAUAAAAAUUUGAUUUAUAACAAGUUGAUUGAAAUUGAUCCUGAAAUUGCCAAGAGGUACCAUCCAAAUGAUAAUAGAAGGGUUCAAAGAAUGUUAGAGAUAUACUACCGUACAAAGAUAAGACCAAGUGAAGCUUUUCAGAAUCAGGAUACAACUCUAAAAUAUGAUACUUUAUUUCUUUGGUGCUUUAGUGAAUUGGGUCCACUCAACCAAAGAUUGGACGACAGAGUAGAUAUGAUGAUGAAAAAUGGAGCUCUAGAAGAUAUUAAUCAAUUGUUUAGCUACCAUCAAAAAAAUAACGUAACAUCGAUGGAGAAUGGUGUCUGGCAAGUUAUUGGCUUCAAAGAAUUUUUACCAUGGCUACUAGAAGAUAAAAGCAGUAAGACGAUAAAGUUCGAAGACUGUGUGGAGAGAAUGAAAAUACGAACAAGGCAGUACGCCAAGAAGCAGAUAAAAUGGAUUCAAAAAAUGUUGAUUCCUGAUAUUAAUGGUGAUAUAUACGUUCUGAAUGCUACAGAUCUCAAUAGAUGGAAAGAGCUGGUCCUAGAAAGAGCCACAAAAAUUGCUGAAAGCUUUAUGAACAAUCUUGAACAGAUCGAAUCAAGGGCCCCAGCAGAACUAAUCAGAUUAUUAGAAAAAGAACAAACUUUUGAUAAGAAGAAGACUAAUGACUGGGAGCACUAUACCUGCGAUAUAUGCAUGGAUUCAAAUGGUGAGAAAUUGAUUGCCCUUGGAGAAAAGAACUGGAAUAUUCAUUUGAAGAGUAGGAGACAUAAAAGUAAUUUGACGAGAGGUAGUAAAAAGGCCGAAUAUGAAAAAUGGAAAUUAAAACAGCGAGAAGGAGAAAGCAACGGAAAGCAGAGUAUGUAUCCCUUUGUACGCACAUAA